AUGGCCCCGGCCUGGCUGACGCGCCUGGCUACGGAGAGCGGCUUGACCUCGGUGGUGCACUGCAGCAGCGAUGUGUGGCUGCUCAUCGUGCUGCGUUUCGUGCGGCUGUUUGCGUACGGCGCCUCCUUCCUGGUGCUAGUGCCGCUGCUGGCUGGCCUCGGCAUCGCGGACGCGCGCAUCGGCCUCUUCAUGACGCUGACGCUGCUGGGCGACACGGCCAUCAGCGUGCUGUUGGCAGCGGUGACGGACCGCGUCGGCCGGCGACGCAUCCUGGCCGUCGGGGCUAUGCUGAUGGCUGCCAGUGGCGCCGUCUUUGCGAUCAGCAGCUCGUUCUGGGUGCUAUUGCUGGCAAGCAUCGUCGGCGUCAUCAGCCCGAGCGGCAACGAGAUUGGGCCCUUCCGCGCCAUCGAGGAGUCCGUGCUGGCCCACCUGACCGAGCCAGCCCUUCGCAGCGAUGUCUUCGCCUGGUACACGCUGUCUGGUACUGCUGGCGCCGCCCUCGGUUCGCUGACUGGCGGCUGCCUCGUGCAACUGCUGGAGGAUCGCGGCGACGGUAGCAGCAGCAGUUCUCAGCUCGCUUACCGCGCUGUGUUUUUUGUGUAUGCUGCUGUCGGUGUCUUGAAACUGUUGCUGACGCUGGGCCUGUCGCCGGCCGUGGAGCUGGAGGAGCAAGAGGAAGAGGCGGUAGUUUCCCCUUCCGCCAAUAACGCUGUCCAAAGCCAGGGUGUGGAUUCUCUCUCGGAACCUGGAGAGCGCACUAGCCUUCUGCCAAAAGUUGACAACGAAGAGGCCGAUUCUCGUGCAGGAGGGGGCGAUUUUGCUGCUGUAUCUGCCUCUUCUGCUUCUUCAGCUUCGUCUUCUCCUGCUCUUGCAGCCUCCUCCCCCCCGAAGCCAUCCAUUCUCAAGAGACUCCGCUUGCUCUUCCCUGUCAUCUCAGCUGAGUCUCGCCGUAUCCUCAGUCGCCUCAUCCUUCUUUUCGCCCUCGACUCCUUCGGGUCCGGUAUGGCCUCGGCUUCUUGGAUCACCUAUUUCUUCAUUACAGUGCACUCGCUGGCUCCGGCUGUGUUGGGCACGCUCUUCCUCGUUACCAGCAUUCUCGCCGCCGUCUCGAACCUCCUCGCUCUUCCGCUGGCCCGUCGUCUGGGCCCUCUGCGCACAAUGGUCUUCACUCACCUUCCGUCCACCAUCCUGCUCGCCAUGGUGCCACUCCCGUCACCAUCCCAGCGAGGCGGCACCACUCUGGCAAUGGCAUUUCUCGCGUUGCGCUCCUGCACUCAAAGCAUGGACCAAGCCCCGCGCCAAGCCUUUCUCGCCGCUGCAGUGCUGCCAGCCGAGCGCACUGCCGUUAUGGGUGCUGUAAACAUGGUCAAGACACUGAUGCAGGCUGCUGGCGUCGGUGUUUCUGGCGUCUUGGCCGGUAAGCACCAUUGGAUCCUCCUGCUGAGCGGCGCCGGCGCGCUGAAGGCCACCUACGAUCUGCUGCUGCUGUGGAGCUUUACCCACUUGCAAAGUCGUGGCGAUCGACCCGCGGGUGGACGCUAG